GAGGGGGGGCGUCCGCCCGCCCGCCCGCCGGCCGCAGCCCCGGGCCUCGGGGCCCGUGAGACGCCGCGCGGCCGCCGCGGCCCGGCCCGGGGCGGGGCUGCGCAGCCCCGCCCCGCGCGGGGCUUUGUUACCCCGCAUGCAGCAUCCGCUGGGGAGGUGGCUCUCUCCGCCCGCACGCCCGCCGCGGCGAGCGCUCGGGAGGCGGCGCGGCGGGGGCUGCCCUGGCGGCAGGCCCGCCCCGCCCGGUGCCCGCGGCGCCCACCGUCAGCGCCGCGGGCUGUUGGGUCACCGGCACCUCCCGCGCCGCGGCGGCCUGAUGCGAGCGGGCGGCCGGCGGCGGUGGCAGCGGCACCCGGCGCUGCCGCGAGGGGCUGUUUUUUUCUCUUUCCCCGAAAAUCGCGUGGCUUGAUCUUCCCGGAGGCGAGUCCGCGCCGCCUCCCCGGGGCUGCGCGCGAGCCCCCGCUGUGGCGGCGCCCCGCCGAGGGCCGGCCAUGCGGGGCGCGGCCCGCGGCAGCGCGGCCGGCGGCGGACGCUGAGCGCGGCGGCGAUGCCGGGGGGCGGCGGGGCCGCGGCGGCCGCCAGGCGCCCCCCGGGUGGCGAGGCGGCGGCGGCGCCGCGGGACGAGGAGCAGGACGAGGAGGGCGAGGAGGAUCUCCGCGACGGGGGCGUCCCCUUCUUCGUGAACCGCGGCGGGCUGCCCGUGGACGAGCCCACCUGGGAGAGGAUGUGGCGGCAUGUGGGCAGGAUCCACCCCGAGGGCGAGAGGGUGGCGCGGAGGAUCCGGGGCGCCGCCGACCUGCCCAAGAUUCCUAUACCGAGUGUGCCUGCGUUCCAGCCGUCCACCCCCAUCCCUGAGCGCCUGGAAGCUGUACAGCGCUACAUCAGGGAGCUGCAGUACAAUCACACUGGGACACAAUUCUUUGAAAUUAAGAAGAGCAGACCUCUGACCGGGCUGAUGGACCUGGCCAAAGAAAUGACCAAAGAGGCCCUGCCAAUCAAAUGCCUGGAAGCUGUGAUCCUGGGAAUUUACCUCACCAACAACAUGACCACGCUGGACCGUUUCCCCAUCAGCUUCAAAACCCACUUCUCAGGGAACUACUUCCGACACAUUGUGCUGGGGGUGAACUUUGGAGGCCGCUAUGGAGCACUGGGUAUCAGCCGGCGUGAGGAGCUCAUGUACAAGGCACCCAUCUUCCGCACACUGAGCGAGCUUAUCUUUGACUUUGAGGAGGCAUAUCGCCGCUGCUGGCACACCCUCAAAAAGGUGAAGCUAGGCCACUGUGUGUCCCAUGACCCACACAGUGUGGAGCAGAUUGAGUGGAAACACUCCAUCCUGGAUUUGGACAAGCUAAGCCGGGAAGACUUCCGUAAAGAGCUUGAGAGACAUGCCCGUGAUAUGAGGCUGAAGAUUGGCAAAGGAACAGGGCCACCAUCUCCCACCAAGGAUAGGAAGAAAGAUGUUUCCUCCCCACAAAGAGGUCAGGCCAGCCCCCAUCGGCGUAACAGCCGCGGGGACCGACGGCCAUCUGGUGAGAAGAAGCCUGCCGAUUCCAAAGCCAUGCCAGACCUCAAUGGGUACCAAAUCCGGGUGUGAAGAGAGCUGUGCCUUGUGUGUCUGGCUCCAUAGACUCCUUGCUGGCCACAGCUGGGACCAGAAUCCACCUGCAGCAAUCCUGACACAGGGCAGGAGUAAGUGGGAAUGGAACAGAGUGCUGGUCUUCCCAGAUACUUCCUGGUGGGCUAGCCUCAGAGCUGGAUCCCAUGGGUCCCAGAGGAUUCACCUGCCUGCUUCUGGGAGAGAUGUCCAUCUUAAUUCACUGAAGCAAGUGUGGGGUUUUUUGUUGGUUUGGGGUUUUGGAGGGAGGGGGUUGUUUGCUUUUUCAGAACAGAUCUGCACAUUGGUGGGAGUGUGCUGCAGGGAGAAUAGGGAAUGAGUGAGGUCAGCAGACUUGCUAUCAGAUUUUUUGGGUUGACAGCAAGUAGAUGAAGCAUCUCAUCCAUAGUGCUCCUUCCCUGCCUGCACAAGUCUUGAGCCCAUGCAAAGCCCAUGGGGCUGAGAGUGAUAUUGGAAUGGGACAGCCCCUGCAUCUUGUGCAAACACUCCUAGUUUUGUCAUUCUGAGCACUUUAACACUGCUCUUGUGAAAGAGAGGGCUGAUUUCACUCAGUCUCUGUUUUAUUAAUCAUGCAAGAGCUUCUCAUCUGGAGAAAACACAUCUCUGGUUUAAUCCAGCCUAUUCCAAUGCAUUUCAUUGAGUCUGAGGGGGCAGACAGUGGGAUGAUUGCAUCUUUACCUGUUGCAAUGCUGUUGGACUGUUGCAGUUUGUCCUUUUGUGGCAGAGUGGGUCAGGAUAUGCCUGUGCCAUUGCUGUGUGAAAAUAGGCAGGGAUAUUAAUUGUCCUGGCAGCAGAGGGGGAAGGCAGGGGCUGGUUAGACACCUGAGUUUUGAGCUCUCUCUUCAUCUGCUAUAGUGAAAGCUGGCAGAAGGCACCUCAGUCACCAAGGUACAAGUUUUAAGAGUAAUAGCUGAAGAAGGAUUUGAUGAUCUGAAGAGGCUUUACAGGCAUUUUUCCUUUCUGCAAGUCUUGUUCCUCCAUUGCUGCAGUACUACUAUUAUAGGCCUGGGAUGCCAGCCCCGAGCAUGUGUUGGUGGGAGGCCCUGCUCAAGGAGAUUGCAGCUGCUUUCCUGACAGUUCAGCUGGGAGCCUCCUGAAGGUAGUUCCCCAUCCCAGCCUCAGAGUCAGGCUGGGCUUUUCUGCCCAGUCACUGCCUUAACAUUUCCUAAACUUCUUUCCAGUGGAAUCUAGUACCACUGAUUAAGCAGUGUAAUACUUGUCAGAAACCAGGAGUGUUGUCAGGUCCAUGAGGUCUACAGCCUGGAAACAGAAUGGUUGCCAGAAGUCAGCACAGUGUGGCCUUGAAGUGAUCAGGAUACAUGGAUCUGGGGGAAUGCAGAAACUCAGCUUGGGAGUAGGAGGAUUGGAGAGAAACUGAGUUGUGUUUUACCACAACAUUAACAAGGAGCUAAACUGUCUGAAAUACUAAAUAUUUAAGUUUGUUAGAACUGGGCUUAUACUUUCUGGUGGAGUCAUUAGAAACAUGAUGGAGCUUAGCUCUCUAGCAGUUUUGUGUCACAGUAUAGCUGUGUCACACUCUCAUAUAAGCAGUGCUAUUUUGGUGGCAGAGAAUGGGCUCUUAUCCCCAAACAAAUCAGCUCUCCUGUCAAGUUAAAGCAGUGUUAAUCCUUGAAGCACUGCCCACAAGUGUUUUAACUCAAGCCUUACAGGUCCCUAGUUGUACAUCCUUCACUGUGAUGUAACUUGCAAGGCACUAACUAUGUAUGUAUUCAUACAACUGCAUUCUGUUCUUCCAAACUCUUAGUUGUCUGUACUUUUCUGCCAUGCUGCAUGACCAGGAGAAUCCACAGUGAAGUGGCAUAACUUGCUGCUGAUCCAAGAUAAGAUUAAUCCAGAAGAGGAUGCUAGUUUCCACAGUGCACUGCAACACUUGAUCUCCCUUGCACUCCAGCUACACAUAACACUGAAACUAGACAGUAUCAAGGCAAGUGGCCAUUUAGCUGUUUUCUCUGGCCAAUUUUGUGCAGAUGUAAAUUAGCAUAUUUAGUAUCUGGAUGCUAAUGGUGAUAGUUGUAAAGGUACCACAGCUACCUGUAAAUAAUAUGGGUCACAGGAAAGCCACUAGUUGCCUUCUCAUCCUGUUGGGUAGCACACUGAAAGUUCAGGUGUCACUGUGAAUGCUACAAUAAAUACAAGCAGCAAGGGAGACUGAAUGUUAGGUUUUAUUACAGUAUUUUUCUGAAUUUCAUCCACUUUAAUACCCACUUAGAUAAAACUAGGACAUAUACCAUUUUUUUGUUGGUUAGUUAACUCAGAGUGAUUGGAAAGCUCUUGAGAAUAAUUAGUAGCUUCAUACAGAGCACAUUCAAUAGCUGGAUAGACGUGAGCCUUUUUAGAUGGAAAGGAGGGAGGAGAAGACUUAAAAAAAGAAGGGGCGAGAGAAGGGUCAGCUGCAUGCUAAUGAUGCUUUCUUGAGAGCAGGGCAAAAGGAUGCUCAGCAGUGUUAGAUCACCAGGGCAGAAUGGCUUAAAACAAAAUGCUUUGUUUGACCCAGUAAUUAAGCACUUUCCUGCAGGAUGUAACUGAGGCCAAUAGUUUAGAAAAUCAAAGGAAGUGGAUGUUUAAGGAACGAGUGACAGGUAGAGUUCAAGGUCUCUUAAUCCUCAUCCUUCAGAGCACUUGCUAGCUGGAGCCAGACAAGAAUAUCCUCUUUCAAGAUUUAGUUGCAUAACUGUGUAUGUGAGGAGUCUUUCAAUUCUUAUGUAUCUAACAUUGACUUCUCAAGAUGGACACAGGACCAAACACUGAGGCAUCUACUAGGGUUACUGUUUCAAGCCUUCUGCUGUGUUUCUUUGGGUGGUAAAUCUCCUGCCCCUUGCUGUUUCUGUAUCACCAGUUUAGUGGCUGGUGCAAAGAAAUAGAAAAUGUCCUAACAAUUUUCCCCUUCUUGUCCUUGUCCACUCUAUCUCCAUAGCAAGAUGAAUCGCUUCAGUAUAAAGCUUAGGUUCCUUGCUGAGAUGAUAAACAAAAGGGCACCCCCAAAUCCCAAACUUGACACAGAAGAUUUGUGUAGUCUAGUUUUAUGCCCUAAGUAACUUGAGGGUACAAUGAAGGAUUAACCCUGCUUUUGCAAUUCCACUUUCCUCCCUCAAUCAGCUGAUCUAGUUUCUGGUCUGUCUGCCUCAUAACCUAAGAAAAAGUCUGAAGAUGACUCUUCUUCACUUUUCCGUUCUUUAGCAUGACAGAUAAUGAAUGGAAGUGAAAAAAUAGGGUUUAACCCAUACACCUUAGCAUCUGCAGAGCAAAAAAAGAUGGUUCUGAAAGAUUCCUUUUAAUGAAGUAUUUAAUGUUAAAUAUUGAUGUGAUAGUUCAAAUAGCUCUGGGGUGUAAAUUUCACUGUUCAAUAGGUCUCAUCUGAUGUCUGUUCUGGAGUCCAAGUCCUUCUGAAUGCUAUGGAAGGGAACUGCCUCCAUACAUGGAGAAUGGAUAGACACUGCCUGUGUUGUGCGCCCAGUCUAGGUGAGGUUAGAAAGGCUUUACUUGAGCAAAUGUUGGCCUAGUGCUAGCAAAAACUAUUUUAAAUGUGAUUCAAACCUUGAAUUAAGAGUUUCUCCUUAUACUUUUAUGUAGACAAGUCCUCUGACACAGGGGCAAUCGAGUCUUUUUUAAAUGGAUGCCUGCAUUAGUGAGCAAAACCAAGAACUUUCUUCUAUGAUGUCACUCUAAUAUAAACAUCAUGUACUAAGAAGUGGGAUCAGGUCUUUAGCAAUCUGUGACACAAGUUUUUUGGGGGGGGGUUUGUUUGUUUGUUUUUUAAACCCUGAUAAGCUAAGUGAGUCUUUAGGAACUUAAGGUAUAUUAGCAAGUGUUUUAGCUGGGCAGUGGAGUGCUUUUAUUCAGAUGACUCUUACCUGUGUGCCACUGUAUGGGGUCAGUACAUAGUAUGUUUGGAUCCCUGCCAGAAUAAAUGACUCCAGAACUGUGGCUAAGAGGUAGUUUGUGUUUAUACAGUAGCUAUAUUGCUGUUAUCAGAUCUACUUAAGGUGAAUUUUUUUUUUUUUUUUUUUAAAGCAUUUCAGAUAAAAGCCUUAAUCAGGUGCCUACCCCUGAGGGCAGGCUCACAUGCAGUGUUGCAUACACUGAAACAUGACUGUCUUUAAACUUGCAGUGUUUAAGAAACCAUAAUGAACAGAAGCAUCCUCUGUUGCUAAAAGGGAAGAGUCUGGAUUAGAUGGGUUUAUCUCUGCUUCAGUGGUUCUGGCUAAUUCCUUCAGGUGGCUGCUUUAGCCAUUUACUACUUUUAAGUAAAGUAUUUCAAGUGGUCCUGAUGAUUAGGAGCUAGAUAUAAGCAGGAUGUGCCCCAUCUCCCAUGCAUAUUUUGUGUGUGAGUCUUGCUGAAGUAACACCAUGAAUUCCAGUGGUCUUGCACUGUUAUCCUGCAAGAUGUGCAUUAGAGAGUUUAUAACCUAAGAAAGCAAGUGCUAUUCUUGCUUGGUUUUUGCUCUGCCAGAGCAGAGCUCUCUACAACCAAGCUGAACUCCUUAGGGAAUUUAAUAUUUUUGUCUGUUUCCUGAGCAGGUGUUUACUUAUAUCACAGCCACUCUCCUUCAGAGUGUGCCCUGGCUCUGUCUGCUUAAGAGCAACUCAACUUAGGCCAAGAAGGCUACUAAAUCCCCUGUAAUCUCUGCAGAGCAGAGUUUUGCUCAAGGUCAGGGUUGAGAUGGUGCUAGUGGGACCAGAGGGUCCCCUUCCAUGCACAUCAGUAUUCUACUCUAGCACUCAUAGGGUGCUCCAAAACCAUUUACAUAUUUAUCACUGGUACAGCUCAGAACUAAGAAAUGGAGGGUUUCUUUCUUUAUGAACUAUAUCAUGUGUCUUUUUGUAAUUAAUCAGCAUGGUUCUGUGUACUUGUGUAGCCAACACAGAACCUGUAUUUAGAUUUAGUUCUUACUGCACUUCCCAUAGUCCUUGAUACUUCUUCCUGCUUCCUUUCACACUUAGACAAUAAAAUUCCCUCUGUACUGCUGUCAGCUUGUGCAGAGAAAACAA